GACUAUGGGCAACGGGAUGUGCUCCCGAAAGCAGAAGCGGAUCCUGCAGACCCUCCUGCUCCUGACGGCGGUCUUCGGCUUCCUCUACGGGGGGAUGGUCUACUACGAGGUGCAGGGACAGCUGCGCAAGGCGGAGGCGGCGGCCCUCAAGUACCAGCAGCACCAGGAGUCCCUCUCGGCUCAGCUGCAAGUUGUAUAUGAGCAUCGGUCAAGGCUAGAGAAGUCUUUACAAAAGGAGAGGCUUGAACACAAGAAAGCAAAAGAAGAUUUUCUUGUUUAUAAAUUGGAAGCACAAGAAACACUAAAUAAAGGAAGGCAAGAUUCCAAUAACAGAUACAGCUCCCUGAAUGUGCAACACCAGAUGCUGAAGAGCCAACAUGAAGAACUCAAGAAGCUGCAUACGGACCUAGAGGAGGAGCACCAGAAACAGGCAGAAGACUUCGGCAGAGCAGUUAAUGAGCACAAGCAGAGAUACCUGGAGAUGCAGCAGGAGAAAGGGCAGGAGCUCUCCAAGCUGAAGGAAUCUCUGUAUAAUCUGCGAGAAGAAAACAGGCAGCUGAGAAAAGCCCACCAAGAUAUUCAUACGCAGCUUCAAGAUGUAAAGCUGCAGCAUAAGAAUUUACUCUCCCAGCAUGACCAGCUUGUAGUGACGUUGGAAGACCACAAGAGUGCGCUAGAAGCUGCACAGUCCCAGGUAGAGGAAUACAGACAACUAAAGGACACCCUUAAAAGGAUGCCGAGUUUCCAAAGGCCCGAAAGUUCCCACCAGCAAUACGUUGUUCAAGUGACGGCAGCUCCUUCACCCUCAAGUGACUCCAAAGCACAUGACUCAAACAUGGCUGAGCGGCAACAGGAGGUGACCCUGAAUGCUGAGCACCCUCAAGAAGCAGAAGUAGUCCAUGCGGAAGGAAGAGAAGAUGGAGCCGUGCCUUUCCAUCCCCGUGGGAAAGCGAUCGAAGGUCACGCUCACCAGGAACUAAACAUUCAGCAGAAGCAAGAAGCAGGAGAAGACGAGGAGCAGCACCUGGAACAGGUAGAAGCGGAGCGCAAAAAGGAACUGGAAGAGGAAGAAAUGGAACAAGCCGGUCAGCCCGAGCGCUUAGCGGAGGAUCUGGACCAAACACCGGAGGAGCAUGAAUGGAAGGAGAAUGAAGAAGAAACCAACGAGCUCCAUGAACAUGCUCACUUGGAGGAACCCGCUACAGUGAAGACUAUAACAAGGUACAAAUCGGCCUACGAAGAACAGCUGGAGCAGCAGCGGCUGGCAGCCCAACGAGCGGAAGAAGCCACUCGCCUGAGGGAACAUCAGGAGUCCUUGCAUCAGGGGAGGCUGCAAGAGCAGUUGCUACGGCAGCAGCAACUUCAAGAGAAAGAGCUGUCCUUCCGGAGACAGGCCGAGCAGGACGAGGAGCAAUUUAAACACCACCUCAGCCAACAGUCUCAUUAUGACAAUCUCGAUCAGGAUAUUGUACAAGGAGAGGAACAAGGGGCUCAGGAAGAAGACGAAAACUAUCACCAGCACAACCACCAUCCCCACGAAGCAGAGGAGGAAGAUCAAAUCAAUGCAAAUGAGCAGCAGGGCCAGGACCUCGACCACCAAGCAGAAGGCGAGCAGAAUGAAGGAGCUCAGCGGAAGGCAGCUGUGGAUGAUGUCAACCCAGCUGAUGAUCCCAACAAUCAGGGAGAAGAUGAGUUUGAGGAAGCGGAACAAGAGAGAGAGGAGGCGCUGCCCGAGGAGGAUAAGCCUCUGAAGCCACAUGACCAGAAACAAGAGAAUCCUGAGGUGGAAGAGCAUUUAGUUAUGGUGGGUAACCCUGAUCAACAAGAAGACAAUGUGGAUGAGCAGUACCAGGAGGAGGGAGAAGAAGAGGCCCAGGGAGAUCUGACUGAAGAGAAAAAGCGGGAUCUGGAACACAACGGCGAAGAACCUUAUGGUGAAAACGAUGAAAACGCUGAAGAAAAAAUGAAUGACGGGACAGAUCAAGAGCACGAAAUUCAAGAAGAAACCAACCCAAAAGAAGGUCGCGAUGAAAACUACGAGGAGGAAGAAGAGGAGGAGGAAGAAGGCGGUGCUGUGGCAGCCAAAGCCCACAGACGAGGGGAGAUGUGA